AUGUUCGUGUGCAGUUUGGCGCGGCGGCACUCGCUCCACGGCCGGCGCCGGUGGGAGCAGCGCAUCGCCGCGGUGCUGUCGGAGCACGAGGGGACGAAAGUGGACGCUGUGGCGCAGCGCUUCACCCGCAUCUACAAGGAGCGCCGCUACACACCGGUGGAGGAGGCUUUCCCGCUGCGGGACGGGGCGCGGUGGGUGGGCCUGCAGGAGCCGCCUGUGGCCCACCGCAGCGUGGCGCAGCCGUCCGACGCACACAAACUUAAGGUCGCCCUGCUCGGCCCGCAGAACUCCGGCAAGACGUCCUUGCUGAACGCUCUCUCACUAAGUCAUGUAGGUGCCGUGAGCAAUCGCUCCGGCAGCACGAAGGACUGGAUCAGGGGCGUGGCGACGGUGCACAACACGCAGUUGGUGCUUCACGACACCCCUGGCAUCAUUAUUAUCAACAGUGAGAAAGACCGUCGACGGCAUGCCGCGCCUUCCGCGCGUGCGUGGGAUGCGCUGAUGGUGACGGACCUCGUGGUGCUCACUCUGCCGGCCGGACUCGGUUUUGUUGAGCCCGAACAGAAGACAAUUGCCCGUGAGGUAGUGCGUCGUGCCUCGCUGCGCAAGAUGCCGGUUGUGCUAGCUAUCACCAUGAUGGACAAAGUGCAGACACCCAAGCACCGUGAACUGUAUUUCUCGAUGCGCACAGACUUCGAGUCCAUGUGCUUGCCUAUUGCAGAAGUUAAUGAGACAAGUGUCAAGGGAGGCAGCGGCCUCGUGGAGCUAAAGGACCUCCUCUGCAGGUAUGCUGUGCCAGGGGACUGGGAGUGUUUUCGCAAUGAGGCGACAGACGCCACUCCUGUUGAUCGUGUGACGGAGCUGCUGCGACAGUGCUUCUUUGAGGUUUUGCCGCACGAAGUACCGCAUGAGAUGCGACACCGCAUCAUCGGCUGGACGCGUAAGGACUCUGGUACGACGGAGGUCAUCACAGAGAUUUUCUUUGACAGGCCUGCUUACAUGUUCACCUUCUAUUCAAAGUUGGAGGCAAUUUGCUACCGAGCGCAGCGCGUUGUGGAGCGUGAGUUGAGGGGGCGAUACCGGUUUGUGUUUCAGGCCUUUAUUGCGCCGGGCGGAGUCUCGUCGAGAUGA